AUGCUGAGGUUCACAUGCUGCCAAGGCUAUUCGUCAAACUCCAACAUGGAGGAGCGCCUGGGUGGGGUGGGCAGCUCCUUCGUCAAUGCCGAUGAGGCCACGCCUAAGGCGGCCAUUCCUAAAUCAUGCGUCGGAUGGACUGACAACCUGAUCCUGGCUACAGACAGCUACAAGUUCAGUCACUGGAAGCAGUAUCCAAAGGGCACUCAGUAUGUCUACAGCUACUUCGAGAGCCGCGGCUGCGACCGCGAAGGCUGGAACGAGGUCUGCUUCUUCGGACUCCAGUACUUCAUCAAGCGCUACCUGUGUGGUCAGGUCAUUACUCGCGCGAAGAUUGACGAGGCCGCAGAGCUCUGCGCCGAGCACUUCCAAGGCGACGGUCUCUUCUACAAGGAGGGCUUCGAGUACAUCCUGAAGAAGCACGGAGGACGGCUUCCGAUUGAGAUCAAGGCCCUCCCGGAAGGCAUGGUGGUGCCGACGAAGACAGCGCUCUUCACAAUGGUGAACACAGAUCCCGAGUGCUUCUGGCUGACCAACUUCCUCGAGACGCUCUUGGUUCAGGUGUGGUAUCCGAUGACUGUCUGCAGCAACAGCCGCUACCAGAAGAUCUCCAUUCAGAAGGCGCUGGAGGAGACGGGCAUGACAGAAUGGGCACUGCCGGGAGGAUCGGGCUUCAAGUUGCACGAUUUCGGCUUCCGCGGAGUCUCUUCCGUGGAGUCCGCGGCCAUCGGAGGAGCUGCCCACUUGGUGAACUUUGUUGGCACUGACACUGUUGCUGCCCUUCUCUGUUGCAAGAAGUACUACGGAUCAGCGAAAGCCGCCGGAUUUUCGAUCCCAGCGUCGGAGCACUCGACGAUCACCUCAUGGGGCGUGAACGGCGAGGUCGAUGCCAUGAGGAACAUGCUGACCCAGUACCCAACAGGGUUGGUCGCCUGCGUCAGCGACUCCUUCGACGUUUUCAAGGCUUGCAAG